CAAGCAGAGCAGACCAGAGACGGGGAUCUCAGCUGCCAAUACUUUUUCCACGACGAGAACCCAGAUUCCGGGCCCGGGGACGGUAGGGCGGAGACAUGGACAAGUUGUCACUGUGUUUCCUGGUCGUCAUCGGCCUCCCUGGAGCUUUUCUCCAAAGCGACAUGCAAAAAAAGGCCUUUGUGUUCCCCAUAGAGUCUGAUAAGUCCUUUGUAACCCUGUUUGCUCAGGUCCAGGAGCCAUUGCAGGCUUUCACGGUAUGCCUGCGAGUCUAUACCGCCUUGACCCGCCCAUAUAGCCUCUUCUCUUACGCCACCAGGACACAGAGCAAUGAGAUCCUCCUCUUCAAGGAGAGGAGUGGAGUAUACAGCGUAUCUGUGGGUGGCUCGGACGCCUACUUCACGGCUCCGGAGAAGUCUUAUGCACCAGUGCACUUCUGCAUCAGCUGGGAGUCCAGCUCGGGGAUUGUAGAGCUCUGGGUGGAUGGGAGGCCCAUGGUGAGGACGAGUCUGAAGAAGGGAUACACUGUGGGGGCAGGAGCAAGCAUCAUCCUGGGGCAGGAGCAGGAUUCCUUUGCUGGGAACUUUGACACGAACCAGUCCUUAGUGGGAGACAUUGGAGAGGUGAACAUGUGGGACUUUGUGCUGUCACCAGUCAAAAUAAACUCCGUCUACAAUGGUCAGGCCUUCAGCGCUAACGUCCUGAACUGGCAGAACCUGAACUACGAAGCACAAGGUGAAGUGUUCGUCAAGACCCAGCUGUGGAUCUGAGACCUUCUGUCAGUCCCGGAGCUGCCUCCUGGGGGUGGGGGGUGGGGUCACACCUCACGUGGCCCUCGUUCGAUCCGGCUCUGAGGGGGGACCCCUACACACGUGGGGGGGCCGUGUUUCCCUCUGCCUCCUCCACUCUGUUUUCAUCAGCACAAGGGACAGCGCCGGGCAGAGGGGCUGUUCAGGACCGCACCACCUGACCUGGGGGAGGGGCGCCUGGGUGGCCCAGUCCUUUGAGGGUCCGGCUCUCGGUUUUGGCAAAGGUCAUGAUCUCAUGGCUUUGUGGGUCUGAGCCCCACGGCGAGCUCUG